CUCUCUCACUCUUAUUAUUCUCAUCAAGAUCUGAUCUUUUCCUUCCCUCUUCUCCUUUUAUCAAACGCAAACCAAACAAUACCUCACUUCCAACUCUUUAAUCCUCUCUCUCUUUUCUUAGCCCUUUUUGUUUCUUCUUCUACUCCAAAUUCACACCUCUUUAGUCUUCCUUCAACUUCUUCUUUUGAGAUCUGUUGUUCGGCAGAGGUUAAGUAAAUUGAGGAAUGAUAAGGAGAUGGGGAGGAAAGGAAAGUGGUUUUCUAAUGUGAAGAAGGCUUUAAGUCCAGAUUCGAAGGAGAAGAAAGACAAGAAAUCGAAGAAGAAAUGGUUUGGAAAGGAGAAAGAUUUCGUUUCCGAGUCUGUUCCUCUGGAGACUGUGAAGACACCUCUUCCUCCGCCUCCUCCUGCUCUCCAGCCGGAGGAGGUGAAGAUAAAUGAAGUGGAGGAUGAGCAGAGGAACUAUGCAGGAAAUGUGGCAGUUGCUGCUUCAGUGUCGGAGAAGGCGGCUGUUGUUGCUGACCAGGCUGUCCCGGAGGUUGUUCGAUACACAAGAAAUACUCGGUUUGAUGGCAAAUCGAAGGAAGAGGCGUCGGCAAUCAGGAUUCAGACUGCAUUUCGUGGUUACUUGGCAAGAAGGGCAUUGAGGGCUUUAAGAGGUCUUGUCAGGCUAAAAUUACUAAUGGAAGGUCCUGUGGUGAAACGCCAAGCCACUAACACCCUUCGGUGCAUGCAGACUCUAUCACGUGUGCAGUCUCAGAUUCGUUCUAGGAGGAUCAGAAUGUCAGAGGAGAAUCAGGCUCUCCAAAAACAACUCCUACAAAAGCAUGCCAAAGAGAUUGCUACACAGAUGGGGGAUGAUUGGGAUGACAGCCUACAGUCUAAGGAGCAAAUUGAAGCGAGCCUGCUAAGCAAGUAUGAAGCAGCUAUGAGAAGAGAAAGGGCAAUGGCUUACUCGUUCUCUCAUCAGCAAAACUGGAAGAAUUCAUCAAAAUCUGUAAAUCCAAUGUUCAUGGAUCCAAGGAAUCCCACCUGGGGCUGGAGCUGGUUGGAACGAUGGAUGGCAGCCCGGCCAUGGGAGAGCCGUGGCAUGACUGAGAAAGAACUCAACAAUGACAACUCAUCGGUAAAGAGUGCAAGCCGCAAUAUUGUAGGAGGAGAAAUCAGCAGAUCUUAUGCUCGCUACCAACUCAAUUCUGACAAGCAAUCCCCAACAACCAAUCAAAAAGCAACCAAAACUCCAAGCCUCCAAUCCCCAUCAACUCCUACCAAGCCACCAUCUUCAACAGGUGCAACUCCUAUCAAACCAACUUCUUCAACAGGUGCAAGAAAAUUAAAGCCAGCAAGCCCAAGGGCCAGUGUUUCAGGUCAGGAUGAUGACACUAGAAGCAUGGUCAGUGUGCAGUCAAAUCGGAGGCAUACUAUUGGAGGUUCAUCAGUGCGAGAUGACGAGAGCCUAACAGGCUUUCCGGCAGCUCCACGUUACAUGGUACCCACCGAAUCUGCACGAGCCAAAUCCAGGUUGCAGAGCCCGUUGGGGGCCGACAAAAAUGGAACUCCUGAGAAAGUAUCAUCAGCCUCUGCAAAGAAACGGCUCUCUUAUCCACCGUCACCAGCCAGGCCAAGGCGGCAAUCUGGUCCACCAAAAUUGGACAGCAGCGUUAACACAGAAAUCAGUGUGAGCAAUGGAGGGGGCAAUUAAGGAGAAAGUAAAAAAAAAAAAAAAAGCAUAAUUUGAUUAAAGAAUCCUCCUCAGCUGCUGUUAAAUUUGUUGUAUUCAUUCAUUGCACUCUUUAAGUGUUGGUUUGGGGGUGAAAUCUCAUUUCAUUCUACAGGAUUACCGUUAUUUAUCUGCUUAUUGUUUACAGUGACUCCCAUUUGUUGAGUUAUUGACAUUCACAUUCGUGAUGGCAACUACGUAUGUCUGCGUUCUGAAAAUUUCAUAAAAGUAGAAUUGUCAUGUCGUUGAAAUUCUUGAUUCAUUGUAUCAACUUGUAGUGAAUAUUUUAAUUUCUAAUUUCUUGUUUA